AUGGAAUUAGUCGGAGAUCUGAGCACACCAGCAUUUAUUAACGCACUAAAUCGUUUUUUUGAUCGACGAGGAAGAAGUAUUACUGUUUAUACCGACAACGCGACUAACUUUGUUGGAGCAAAUCGCAAAAUGAAGGAAUGGAGCGAUCUAUUUCAUUCGGAACAAAAUAAAAAAAAGGUACAUGACGCGUUAACAGACCUCGGCGUUCAAUGGCGUUUUAUUCCCCCGCGAUCACCACACUUCGGUGGGGUAUGGGAAGCUGCGGUCAAAUCCAUGAAGCAUUUACUACAGAAGACUGUAGGUAACGCUCACUUGCGUUUUGAAGAGCUUAGUACUGUGCUUACGCGCGCCGAAGCUUGCCUAAAUUCCCGACCUAUUACUCCUAUGUCAUCCGACCCAAACGACACAUCCUUUUUGACCCCAGGGGGCCGAUUCUGCUAA